AUGAUUCUAUCCAAGCGCAGCAACAAGCUGGCCGCGCUGCGGAACUACUACAGCGUGUGGGUGGGGUACAACCAAAAUGUGCAGCAAGUAGGGAACUUCAAGAAUAGCCUGAACUACCUGUUUAGGCCAAAGAGUAUCGGAGUGAUCGGAGCGACGGAGAGGCCAGGAUCUGUAGGAAAUUCCAUCGUCAAAAAUCUGAUGCAGGGAGAAGAAAGAUACAAGUUAUACUUUGUAAACAGUAAGGGAGGAAAGGUAUACAACCGAGAUAGCUACAAAACAAUUGGAGAUGUUCCUGAAGAAAGUAUCGACUUGGCAGUGAUAGCUGUUCCAAGGAACCACGUACUAGGAGUGAUGAAAGACUUGAGUCGUAAAAAUGUAAAAGGGGUAGUAAUCGUAACUGCUGGGUUUAAAGAAACGGGUGCAGAGGGAAUAAAGCUAGAACAACAAAUCAUAGAUGUAGCAAAAAAUAAUGGGAUCAGAAUUAUAGGUCCAAAUUGUUUAGGAAUUAUUCACUCGUAUCAUAAUAUGAAUGCAUCCUUUGCUGAUAAUAAAAUAUUGAAAGGGAAUUUUUCUUUGCUAUCUCAAAGUGGAGCUAUCUGUUCAGCUGCUUUAGACCUAUCUCAACAACAUAACAUCGGAUUUUCACACUUCAUUUCGGUAGGUUCUAUGUGCGACGUACAAUUUUAUGAAUUAGUGGAGUAUCUCUUUUACGAUGAAAACACCAAGUAUAUCCUACUCUAUGUAGAAUCUAUCGGAGAUAUGAACAAAUUUGUUUCGGUCUGUAAAAAGGUCUGUCUGUAUAAACCCAUUAUCCUUUUGAAGAGUGGAAAAACAGCCAAAGCAGCAGAGGCAGCCAUUUCACAUACGGGUUCUAUGGUAGGAAAUUAUGAAAUAUUCUAUGCAUCUAUGAAAAAAAUAGGGGUUCUAGUAGUAGAUAAUUUUGAAGAAUUAUUUAAUAUGUGUAAAAUACUUAACCUUUCUAAUUACCCAGAGACGAAUGAAGUUUGUGUAGUGACUAAUGCAGGAGGACCAGGAGUCCUUUUAGUAGAUAACAUUGUAAAAAAUGAUGGAAAUUUAUCAAAACUUAAUGAAGAAUUGAAGAACAAACUAGAUGCAUUUUUACCUCCUUCAUGGAGUAGAGCCAAUCCGGUGGAUAUCCUUGGAGAUGCUUCCCCAUUGUUGUAUAAAAAAACGAUUGAAGCGUUACUAAAAGAUGAGCAAUUUAAAAAUAUAAUCAUUUUGUUAUCUCCACAAAGUGUUACUGAACCAAUGAAUACUGCAAAGGAAAUUAUUACUGUGAAGGAGGACAUAACAAAACAGGGAAGACUCAUCCUUUGUAACUACCUCGGAGGGACAUCCCUGGAAGAGUCUACCAAUCUUUUAAAUAAAAACAACAUACCCACAUUUGUUCACCCGGAGCACUCUGCACAAAAUUUAUUAAAGCUGUAUAAAAAUAUCAUACACAUACAAAAUCUGUAUGAAGAAAUUCCCACCUUUUUGGCAGAUGCAGAACAGAAUCAUUAUGUGAAUGGAAUCAUUUAUAAGCACCACUUUGGAGACGAAGUAGAUGUGGCUAACUCAACAGUGGGAAAAAAAGAAGGAGAAAUUAAACAACAAAAGAGUAACACUACCCCAGAAGAAAUAAUCCAAAAUGCAUUAAAAAAAAAUUAUAUUUUAAAUGAAUUUGACUCGAAAAAAAUUCUUCAGAGUUACGGAAUACCAACAGUUUCAACAGAAAUUUUUUACAACUUGGAAGAAAUAGAAAAUAAUAUGGAUAAGGUUACCUUUCCAUGUGCUAUGAAAAUUUACUCAGAUACGAUUACUCAUAAGAAAGAUAUCGGUGGAGUGAUCCUAAAUAUAAAUAGUAAAGAAGAACUGAUAAAGUCAUAUAAAACGAUCCACGAGAAUGUAAAGAAACACAAAUUAGAAAGUGAAUUCAAAGGAGUCACCAUUCAGACCAUGAUAAACACUAGUGAUGGAAUUGAAUUAAUUUUAGGAUAUUAUUUUGAUGUGAAUUUUGGACCCGUUUUGUUAUUCGGUUCAGGUGGAUCAUAUGUAGAAAUAUUUAAGGAUAAUGUUUUGUUGAUCCCUCCUCUGAGUUAUUCCUACACACACCAUAUGAUGAAGGAGACAAAAAUUUAUCAUGCCUUGUUAGGCAAAUCGUCGAGGUUUAAAAAAUGUGAUAUGCCAAAGCUUAUUAGUAAAAUAAUCAACUUUUCUGAUCUCAUUUUGGAUCUCCUUCCCUACAUCAACGAAUGUGAUAUCAAUCCUUUGUUCGUUUCUGGCAGUGACAUCGUCGCGUUGGAUGCUAGAUUUACUCUCCGUAAAAAUGUGGACGCGCAGUCGUUCCAGGCAGCCAAGAAGAACUCCCUGUACAGCAGCUUUGCUAAGAAGUACCCCGUCGAGAUGGUCUUUUUUGAUGGGGAGGAGAAGCAAGAGAAGCAGCAGAAGCAGCAGGGGGAGAAGCAGAGCGAUGUGCCCUCCCAUGAAGGCGCCGUCCCACCGCUGCACCUCCCCAACCAGUUCGCCUCCAUCACCAGGAGCAUCCACCCCUACGACGUCAAACUAAUGCACACCUUCCUCCAAAACAACGCCAAAGAGUUACACCACAGUACCUUCUUCUUCACCACGGAGGAGAGCAUCCAGACGAAGCUCUUUGCCUACGAGCUGUGUAAUGCGGACUACGACCUUUACAAUGUCAUUCUGCAUAUGAGGAACAGCAAAGUUACUGGAUUGAUAAAAACAGAAAAGAGACAGGACUCCAACCACUGCUAUACUUAUGCAACCGAUGUAGCCACUUUUACUCACUUGAUUCAGAAGUUACAUACUUUUUCGAGCAAGCAAAAUUGUACGUCGAAUUAUGUUUACCUUAAGAAGGACUCCCCCUUUGCGGAGCAACUCAAGUCCAUGUCCUACUCGGUGGACUACGAGCAGGGGGAUGUAGUCUGCUACGUGGGCGCUACCCAAGCCGGCGCCUAA